AUGGCUGUGGCCUCUGCUGCCCCAAGGAGCAUCUUCCGUGAGCAGCUCCUUUUCUCUCUCCUGGUUUUGUUAUUAUUUCAUGAAGCUUAUCAGGAAAUUGUUCUCCAUGUUCCUUCUUAUGUUCCGGCUAAUCAAGUUGUCACCAAAGUGGAUCUGAAGAAGUAUGCCAGGUCGGACUCUGAAAUCUCUGGUUCCGAUGCCAACAAACAUGACUUUAGAGUGGAUAAAGAUGGCACAAUUUAUGCAAACCGUGACCUCCAUUUGCCUCCUAAAACAACUUUUACGAUUUUAAUAGAAAACCAUCAUACAAAGGAACAGAAAGAGGCAGGCAUUGUACUGGAGCUAAUUACAGAAAAGGUACAGCAAUCUCGUAGGAAAAUACCUCCCCAAAACACAUCCCUCCGGCGCAGUAAGAGAAGAUGGGCUCCUAUUCCGUGCUCACUGAUGGAGAACUCAUUAGGUCCAUUUCCACAACAUGUUCAGCAGAUUCAAUCUGAUGCUGCACAGAAUUACACUGUCUUCUACUCCAUAAGUGGACCAGGAGUGGACAAAGAGCCCUUCAACCUGUUCUACAUAGAGAAAGACACUGGAGAUAUUUAUUGCACAAGAAGCAUUGACCGUGAGCAGUAUGACCAGUUUUUGGUAUAUGGCUACGUAACAACUGCAGAUGGCUAUGCACCAGACUAUCCACUCCCUUUGCUAUUUAAAGUCGAAGAUGAUAAUGAUAAUGCCCCCUAUUUUGAAACCAAAAUGACAGUUUUUAGCGUGCCUGAAAAUUGCAGAUCCGGCACUUCUGUGGGACAAGUGACUGCCAUAGACCUUGAUGAACCUGACACUCUGCAUACUCGUCUGAAAUACAAAAUCCUGCAACAAAUCCCAGAUCAUCCAAAGCAUUUCACCGUACAUCCAGACACAGGUGUCAUUACUACAACUACACCUUUACUGGACAGAGAGAAAUGCGAUACUUACCAGUUAAUCAUGGAAGUGCGAGAUAUGGGGGGCCAACCUUUUGGUUUAUUUACUACUGGAACAAUUACAAUUUCACUUGAAGAUGAAAAUGACAAUUCACCAUGUUUCACAAAAACUUCUUAUUUUGCAGAAGUAGAAGAAAACAGAAUAGCUGUUGAGGUUUUACGGAUGAAGGUACAAGACCAAGAUUUAGCCAACACUCCUCACUCGAAGGCUGUAUACACAGUCCUACAGGGAAAUGAAAACGGUAACUUCCAAAUUACGACGGAUCCAAAAACGAAUGAGGGAGUCUUGUGUGUUGUCAAGCCGCUGAACUAUGAAGUCAGUCACCAAAUUAUUUUGCAAAUCGGUGUACUUAAUGAAGCACAAUUCUCGAAAGCAGCGAACUCACCACUGCCUACAAUGUGUACUACAACUGUCACUGUCAAAAUUAAAGACCGUGAUGAGGGUCCUGAAUGUCAGCCACCAGUGAAAGUGAUUCAGAGCAAAGAUGGCCUACCUGCUGGCAAAGAACUCCUUGGCUACAAAGCUCUGGACCCUGAAUCACGCAGUGGCGAAGGCUUAAGGUAUAAGAAGGUACAGGAUGAAGGUAACUGGUUUAACAUUGAUGAAAGCACCGGAAACUUGAAAACUGUAAAAGUACUAGAUAGAGAAUCAAAAUUUGUGAAAAAUAACCAGUACAAUGUCUCAGUAGUGGCAGUGGACUCAGUUGGCCGAUCCUGCACAGGAACAUUAGUAGUUUUUUUGGAAGAUUAUAAUGAUCACGCACCGCAAAUUGAUAAAGAUGUGACCAUUUGCCAGCAAAAUCAAGACUAUGCAAUUCUGGAACCUGUAGAUCUAGAUGGACCUGAAAAUGGUCCGCCUUUUCAAUUCUUUCUGGAUAAUUCUGCCAGCAAACUUUGGACUAUACAUCAGAAGAAUGGCACAAGUGCCAUUCUUCGUGGAAGAGGACAUCUGGAAAAUAACUACUAUUCUGUGCCUAUCCAAAUACAAGACAGACACGGUAUUUCUGCAAAACAUGUAUUAUCAGUGAAAGUAUGUGACUGCACAACUCCAUCUGAAUGUAGAAUGAGUUUGAAAGACGACAGAGAUGUUAAAGUAUCAAGUUCAAACGUAAUUCUUGGAAAGUGGGCUAUUCUUGCCAUGAUUUUGGGUUCUGCAUUGUUACUAUGUAUGAUAUUUACAUGUUUUUGUGUUACUACCAAGACAACAGUAAAGAAAUGUUUUCCAGAGGAUGUAGCCCAGCAAAAUUUAAUUGUAUCAAAUACUGAAGGACCUGGAGAAGAAGUAACGGAAGCAAAUAUUAGACUUCCUAUGCAGACAUCCAACAUCUGUGACACAAGCAUGUCUGUUGGUACUCUUGGUGGCCAGGGAAUUAAAACACAGCAAAGUUUUGAAAUGACCAAAGGAGGCUACACUUUGGAUUCCAGCAAAGGAGGUGGCCAUCAAACCUUGGAGUCCGCAAAGGGAGGGACAGACCCUGGCAGAUAUACCUACACCGAGUGGCAAAGCUUCACCCAACCUCGGCUUGGAGAAAAGGUGUAUCUGUGUGGACAAGAUGAGGAGCACAAACAUUCGGAAGACUACGUUCGUUCAUAUAACUAUGAAGGCAAAGGGUCUGUGGCCGGCUCAGUGGGCUGCUGCAGCGAUCGGCAGGAAGAAGAAGGCCUGGAGUUUCUAGAUCACCUGGAGCCUAAAUUUAGGACGUUAGCAAAGACAUGUAUAAAGAAAUAA